AUGCAGAGAGGACAUGCCGGGGUUCCAUCUCUUCAUUCACAACCUGCCUCAAGUGGUCAGGACGUCGACACGAAACCGCUCUCAACGGAAGGGGCCAGGAUAUUUCGCGCCGAUGCGAACCGGACCUUUCGAAGCGAGUCUAAUCGACUUAUAUGUAUCAAGCUGCUGUCCUUCUCUCAGCAGAAGUUCGGAGACUACCAGCAGUCCCUGGGGUACGUUGCAGGUUUGCUGCUCCUGUUUUUCGAUCCGGCCACCUGCUUCAAGGUCCUUACGGUGCUGAACGAUAGCCCGAAGUAUCUGCCUGGAUACUGGCGCGGGGAGGCUACAGCCUGCGCGGUGGACGGCUAUGUGUGCACGAACUUGUUGAAGCCUCACCUCAAGCAGCGUCUUCAGGAGCUUGGGUUGCUUCCGGAGACCUUUGUCCAAAAAUGGUUUGCUGGGCUUUGUAUCCAUCACCUUCCUUAUGGCACUCUGUUUGACUUCUUGGACAAUUUCUUCCGAGUGGGCAAUGCCUAUUUGUUUCAGUUCUUUUUGGCCUUCUUCGACGAGUUCGAGGCUGAUAUCAUGAAUGCGGCCAACAACCCGGAGGCCAAUAUGCUGAUACGUUUCGAAUCCGCUCCGCAAGAGCGCCUGGCAAAAACCGUGAAGGCUGCGACAGAAGCAAGAUAUGACGCGCAGGUGAAGUCGAUUGAUGUUCACCGAUGCCGCAUCACAGCCUUUCAGGAGGCGCUGUCGAAACGGCUUCAAAGCGCCAACGAGGGCAUGUGGCAGAAAAUGGAUGAUGGCAUCAUGUUUUCUGAUGAGGAGGAUGGAUGA